UUGCCACGGCAGGGUUCCAACUUCCAAGCUCGACGCAGUACGAACGGCGUCAGCAGUCAGAACACAGCACUAGAGCACAUGGCCGCGGAGGACGCCAUAGGCAGCAGUGCGGCAAGAUGGUCUCUCCACGGCAAGACGGCCCUCGUCACCGGCGGCACCCGUGGAAUCGGGCGCGCGGUCGUGGAGGAGCUGGCGGCGCUGGGGGCGGCCGUGCACACCUGCUCGCGGAAAGAAUCCGAGCUCCGCGAGCGCCUGAAGGAGUGGGAAGCCAAGGGAUUCCGCGUCACCGGCUCCGUCUGCGAUGUCUCCGUGCGCGACCAGCGCGAGCUCCUGCUCCGCGACGUCGCCGGCCGCUUCGCGGGAAAGCUCGACAUCCUUGUAAACAAUGUGGGGACAAACUUUACAAAACCAACUACUGAAUACUCAGCAGAUGAUUACUCAUUCAUUAUGACCACUAAUCUUGAAUCUGCAUAUCAUCUAUGCCAACUAGCACACCCUCUUCUAAAAGCAUCUGGAUCGGCCAGCAUUGUAUUCAUAUCAUCAGUUUCUGGAGUGGUGGCCAUAUCUAGUGGCUCCAUUUAUGCUAUGACAAAAGGUGCCAUGAACCAGUUGGCCAAGAACCUAGCGUGUGACUGGGCUAAAGACAACAUAAGAACCAACUCUGUUGCUCCAUGGUACAUCAAGACUUCACUUACAGAAGAAAAUUUGGCAAGAGAGGAUUUCGUCGAUAGCAUCGUACGUCGAACUCCAAUGAGGCGUGUGGGAGAACCGGAAGAAGUAUCGUCGCUGGUCGCUUUUCUCUGUAUGCCUGCUUCGUCUUACAUCACCGGGCAGACGAUAUCGGUUGAUGGCGGCAUGACCAUAAAUGGAUUGUAUCCAACUCAGGACUAAACAGUAGAAUGCAGAUUUUCUGCAACUAGUUGUGUCCAAACACUAAAUUACAUGCAGCUUUUCAAGGUUUUCAGAAAAUUUGAAGGAAAAGAAAUCCCUGGAUAUAGCUUAUCGUGUAUCUUGUACAGUUACAAAAUUUCACCUGGAAAAAAUAGUUGUAUGUUGCAUGCAACGAGAAAAGAUAUGUGAAUUUGUAUCCUAAAACUAAUCCACACCGCAUUGGCUGGAUUCAUGAAAUGUGCGUGUAUGAGAAUUGAGAACCUGUAUGAGAAGUUCUCGCCGUUUGGCAGAAGCGAGCAAGCGAA